AUGGCAGAAAAAAUUAUCAAUUAAAUAAAGAAGUAAGCCGAAGACUAGGGCGAAUUGGAAGAACUAGAUAUCUAAGAGAUUAGAAUAGAGUAGCUUACACAAGAAAUUACGGAAAGUUUGAAAAAACAUUAAAAAUUAAAAACUCUGGCUAUUACAUGUUGUGGACUCAAGCAAUUAAAUGGAUUGCCAGCCAUGGAUUAAUUAGAAGUGUUGAUGUUGGAAGGUAAUUGUUUAGAUGGAAGUGCAUUAAAGUACAUUAGUGAAAAUUUCAAAAAUAUAAUUUGCCUAUCUUUAGCGGAAAACUAAAUCAAAUCAUUAGAAGAAUUGCAAGUACUAAAAAAUUUAUCAUCUUUAUAACAAUUGGAUUUAUCUGAUAAUGAAGUGGAAUAGCAAGCUGGAUAUCAUCAAAAAAUCUUUGAAAUGCUACCAAAUUUGUAGGUAUUAGACAAUAAAAAUAAGGAUGGGAAGGGUAUUGAAUACUCUGAUGAAGAUAAUGAUUUUGAAGAAGGUAUAGGAAGUGAUUCUGAAUUUAAUGAUGAUGAGGACGAAGAUGAAGAUGAAGAAGAAAGUGAAGAUGAAUCUCCUAAACCAUAAAAGAAAACAAAGAAAUGA